AGAGUGGGUGUUUUAUCUAAGUUUCAUUUUAUUUCACAUAACAUGACAAUCUUAGAAACACCGCUAUGAAACUCUCCACUGACACAGGCGGCCCAGAUUACGUCAAGAUCAUUUGUGCGCGCAGUCGAUAAAAGACGACCAUCUCAGCAGCAACUAGCAACGAUCACCACGUGGCGGUCGCCCUAAGAACACCUAAUCCUCAUCUCGUAUAAAUAUUCGCCUACACCCUUUGAUUCCAAGAUAUUUCGUGUCACUUUUUCUGUUCGCUCAGUCCACCUCCACCGCUUCACCUGUUGUGUUCCCAAUCCCAAUACAGAGGAGGUGGAAGGAAAAAGCCUUCCCCUCGCCGGAGAUGCUGCCGUCGGCGACUGGGUACACUGCCGGCGACGUCCACUCGGCACGCGAGAUGUUCCAUCCCUUCUACCUCUGACUUCUUGCGCCGGCGGCCUGCAGAGAGUAGUUGGAUACUUCAUACUUGGAUUAUAUUGGAUCGAGCUCUAGAUAGCCUUGAAGUUGAAGGUGAGCUGGCGUGGGAGAGGAAACCUGGAAAGCGAUGAGCUUUAGCGCCGCAAGAGUUGCCGAGCAUGGCGGUGAGGUCGAGGACGCAAGGGGGAUGCCGGCAGAGGUGAGCUGGGAGAUGCUCGACAAGUCGCGGUUUUUUCUACUCGGCGCCGCGCUCUUCUCCGGCGUCUCCGCGGCGCUGUACCCAGCCGUCGUCCUCAAGACGCACCUCCAGGUUGCUGCCCCUCCACAGGCCGCGCCCUCGGCGGCAGCGGCGGCGAUUCUCCGGCGCGACGGUCCCCGUGGGUUCUACCGUGGCUUCGGUGCGUCCCUCGCGGGCACGGUGCCCGCGCGCGCGCUCUAUAUGGCGGCGCUCGAGGCCACCAAGAGCGCCGUGGGCUCCGCCGCGCUCCGCCUCGGCGUCGCGGAACCGGCCGCCUCUGCUGCCGCGUCGGCCGCGGGCGGUGUCUCUGCUGCCGUAGCUGCGCAGGUCGUGUGGACACCCGUCGACGUCGUCAGCCAGCGCCUCAUGGUCCAGACUGCGCCCGUCGCUGCCGCCCACUACCGCGGCGGCGCCGACGCGUUCCGGAAGAUCCUACUCGCGGACGGCGUGCGCGGCCUGUACCGCGGCUUCGGUGUCUCGUUGCUGACCUACGCGCCCUCCAGCGCCGCGUGGUGGGGCUCCUACGCGACGGCGCAGCGGCUCCUCUGGCGCGCCGUCGGCCCCGCGCACCACGACAGCCGCGGCGCCGCGAUGGCCGUGCAAGGCGCGAGCGCCGCCGCGGCGGGAAGCGCGGCCGCGCUGGUGACGAUGCCGCUGGACACCGUGAAGACGCGGCUGCAGGUGAUGGACGGUGGGGCGCAGGCGCCGACGCUCGCGGCCGCGGCGCGCGCGCUGGUUCGGGAGGGAGGCUGGGCUGCUUGCUACCGCGGGCUCGGGCCGCGGUGCGCGUCCAUGUCGCUGUCUUCGGCCACCAUGGUCACCACAUACGAGUUCCUGAAACGGCUCUCGGCCAAGGAAGGCUCCCUCUGACUCUGAGGUCUGAGCUUGGAUUGAAAGUGUAUCCAUGGGAGUGUGAAUGGAUCAUCCUUGUACAUGUCCAAAGUCCAAAUGCGUACACCUUGCUCUGAUCUCUUGCUGGGAUCUAAGGAUGCAAGGUUUCUGCUGGGUUUGUCUGUCGAUGGCGAUGACGACGAAAAUUUCUGUAAAAUAAAGACUGUUUAUUAUACUUCUUGGAAAA